AUUUGAUCCAAAAGCGACAUUCAUCCGUGAUUCUUUCUGUCUCUUUCUCUCUUCUCUCUUCUCUCUACACCACUUGCAUUUUCACUUAUCUUUCUUUCUUUCAUUGUAGUCCCACAGUAAAUAUAUAUCUUUGUAAAAACAUGUAUUUUUGUAGAAAAUUAGAAAUCCUACUCAAGUAACCAUUCUUAGCUUUCACGGGACUACAAAUUUUCCAAUUGGGUGACUGUUUUUUGGAUUUUAACUUCAUUUUGUCGUCAUUUUUUGUUCAAAUUUAUGUAAAGUUCAAUUCUUUUGUAUAAAUACACACCUGGGUUUUUCUCCCUCUGAACAAAUUCACAAUCUUUCUUCAAAUUUUUUUAUUUUUAUUGGGUACAAUUCUUCAACCUCUCACUAAAUUUGAUAAAAGUGUUUUGUUGGGUUUUUAAUUUUGAUCCCAAAAAAGAUGAGAUUUUUGUUAAAAUCCCAUGUUCUAUUAUCAAGUUUCCUGCUUUUUUUAUCUGGGUGUUUAGCACAAACAACUAAAGAGUGUACUAAUUUUCCAAACAUAUUCCCAUCAAAAACCUUUAGAUAUGAGUUUAUGACAUCAAAAAAUGAGACUUGGAAAAAAGAAGUAAUGUCUCAUGAUCAUAAUUACCAUUUAACCCCAACUGAUGAAGUUGCUUGGUCUACCCUAUUCCCUAGGAAACUAUUGAGGGAAGAAGAUGAAUUUAGUUGGAAUGUCAUGUAUAAGAAAAUUAAAUACUCUAAAACUAAUAUUAAGGGUAAUUUUCUUAAUGAAAUCCCACUUGAUAAUGUGAGGUUAGACCCUCAAUCACUACAUGGGAAAGCUCAACAAACAAAUUUAGAGUAUUUGAUGAUCUUGAAUGUUGAUAACUUGGCUUGGAGUUUUAGGAAAACUGCUGGUUUGGCUACUCCUGGAACUCCUUAUGGUGGUUGGGAAGCACCCAAUAUCGAGCUUCGAGGCCAUUUUGUAGGGCAUUACUUAAGUGCAACGGCACAAAUGUGGGCAAGUACACAUAAUGAGACUCUUAAAGCAAAGAUGACUUCAUUAGUUUCUGCCCUUAAAGAGUGUCAAGAUGCAAUGAAAACAGGGUACCUUUCUGCAUUUCCACCUGAACUCUUCGACAGAUUCGAAGCUGUCCAACAUGUUUGGGCACCGUACUACACUAUCCACAAGAUUAUGGCAGGACUCUUGGAUCAGUAUAAUUAUGCUAAGAAUACUCAAGCUCUGCAGAUGGUUACGUCGAUGGCUAAUUAUUUUUUCAUACGUGUUCGGAAUGUGAUAAAGAAGUAUACUAUUGAACGACAUUGGAUGUCACAAAACGAAGAGACCGGUGGCAUGAACGAUGUCCUCUACCGGCUGUACAUGGUCACGGGUGAUCAGAAGCAUUUGUUGCUGGCACAUCUUUUUGAUAAACCAUGCUUUCUAGGACUACUAGCAAUGAAGGCUGAUGAUAUCUCCGGUUUUCAUUCAAAUACUCACAUUCCGAUUGUUAUUGGGGCUCAAAUGCGAUAUGAAGUAACUGGUGAUGAACUAUACAAGGAAAUAGGUACAUUUUUCUUGGAUUUAGUAAACUCUACCCACAGUUAUGCAACGGGAGGCACUUCAGAGGACGAGUUCUGGCAUGACCCAAUGAGGUUAGGCGACAGGCUACAGACUGAAAAUGAAGAGUCUUGUACAACUUACAACAUGCUAAAGGUUUCGCGGAACUUGUUUAGAUGGACGAAAGAAAUGAUUUACUCAGAUUACUAUGAACGGGCACUCACAAAUGGUGUACUAAGCAUACAAAGAGGAACCGACCCUGGUGUCAUGAUCUAUAUGCUUCCUUUAGGGCACGGAGUUACCAAAAGAGGCGGAAAUCAUGGUUGGGGUACUCAGUUCGAUUCUUUCUGGUGCUGCUACGGAACAGGAAUUGAGUCAUUCUCUAAGUUAGGAGAUUCCAUAUACUUUGAAGAAACGGGGAAAGUACCGGGACUCUAUGUUAUUCAGUACAUACCUAGCUCACUCGAUUGGACUUCUGCACAUAUCUCACUAACCCAAGUUGUAGAUAAUGUCGUUUCCUGGGAUCAAAGCCUGAAAAUCAAAAUCAAAAUUUCGGCAAAGGAGGGUUCAGGGACAGCUGCACUGAAUUUUCGGGUACCUUCUUGGACAUCUUCGAGUGAUGCAAAAGCGUCACUCAAUGGAAACGAUUUUCCUUUGACGAAUCCAGGUAGUUUUCUAACAAUAUCAAAGAAUUGGGGUAAUGGAGAUGAAGUUUCACUGCAGUUUCCGCUGGUCCUAAGAACAGAGUUUAUUCAAGAUGAUCGACCUGAUUAUGCCUCGCUUCAAGCAAUCUUAUACGGACCUUACUUACUAGCGGGUCUAUCAAAGGGUGACUACGACAUUCAAACAGGAUCAGUGAACUCAAUUUCAGACUGGAUAACCCCAAUUCCAGCUGACUACAAUUCCCAUCUAGUUUCCUUUACUCAACAAAAUGGAAACGCAAACUUCUUCCUCUCGAACCAAAACCAAGUUUUAACUAUGCAAGGAACGGUUGAAGCUGAGAAUGACUCUUAUGUUCAUGCUACGUUUAGGCUCAUUUCCACUUCGAAAGAAAAAGGUAGUCUUAUUGGUAAACCGGUGAUGAUUGAACCUUUUGAUUUUCCGGGAAUGGUAGUUGCUCACCAAGGCGGAGGCAAAUCACUCACUAUUAUAGAUGCAAAUGCCGAUAAGCAAUCUACCGAGUUUUUUGUUGUUAAAGGUGUGAAUGGCAAAGAUGGAAUGGUAUCUUUGAAAACCAAAGAUGGUUGUUUUGUGUAUAGUGACAGAAAUGUGAUGCUAAAAUGCGAGUCUGGGACUUCACCGGAUUCUUCAUUCAAGGACGCGGUGAGCUUCGUGUGGAACGAGGGUGUAAAGAAGUACAAUGCUAUUAGCUUUGUGGCUAAAGGGUUGAGGAGGAGUUAUGUUCUUGAACCAUUGUUGAAUAUGAAGAAUGAAUCUUAUAAUGUUUAUUUCAACAUUACAAAGUAGAAGUUUUUUACUUUCUCUAUGUUCAUUAAUAUUAGACUCUGAUACUAUGGGAAAGUAUCUGAUUGUGCCUGAGAAACAGUCUACUGUAUGUAAAUUUGCAAACACAAUUCAGAUUCAGAAAGUAGCAGCAGAUGAUUUAUAUACAGGUUUGAGAUUUUUCUAA